AAAGCAACUAGUCGAUAUUGCCGAGUGUCCUGCCAACAGGACUAACUUCUGCGGAAACAUGUUGCGCCUCCUGCUGCUGCCACUCUUCCUCUUCACGCUGUCCAUGUGCAUGGGCCAGACCUUCCAGUACUCCCGGGGAUGGACCAACGGCAAGAGGUCCUUCAACGCCGCAUCGCCCCUCCUGACCUCCGGUCACCUCCAUCGGGGCAGCGAGCUGGGACUCUCGGAUCUCUACGAUCUGCAGGAUUGGAGCGGCGAUCGCAGACUAGAGCGCUGUCUGUCGCAGUUGCAACGUUCACUGAUUGCCAGAAACUGUGUCCCAGGAUCGGACUUCAAUGCCAACCGAGUGGAUCCGGAUCCUGAGAGCAGCGCCCAUCCCAGACUUGGCAACAUUAACAACGAGAAUGUUUUGUACUCCAGUGCCAAUGUACCCAACAGACAUCGCCAGUCAAAUGAACUUCUCGAGGAGCUGAGUGCCGCUGGAGGAGCUUCGGCUGAGCCCAAUGUGUUUGGAAAACAUUAGCCACGAUCUAUUCGCUGUGUUUAU